CUAUUCUCAGUGCCAGUAUUUCACAGGCAGGCAGGGAGAGAGGCAAUCAACUUGACCUUCACCAGAGCAGUUGUCGACCCUAUCAGAUUGAUCAAGGAAGGGACUAAUACAUACUCCCUCACACCGGACACACACAUACUAACACACUAGUGGGGAGACCAGGGCAGAGACCAGACACACACACGCUCACUCACCUGGACUAUAUUCUUUACGCUCCAGCUCUACUGGUUCACCUCUUUCCUGACUCGACUGAAGGAACAACAGGCCCAGCAAUACUGAGAUUGUGCCAUAAGUUGAUUGCUCCACACAAAUUUCUCCAUCCUUACCCUAGCACACCCUCCGGCCCUGUCUCCAGCUGCAGUGAUGGGAGCAUAUAGGAGAGUUUGGAGGAUGGGGGGCUGCGUCGGGGCGGUGUUGGCCUGCAUUGGGGCACUGUUCCUGGGUUCCAGCUUGGCCCAGCCUCCCGCUGACUCCUGUCCUACGGGAGUCACUCCCUUGAACCUGAGCCAGCCCCAGUACCAGUCAGUCCCAGGAGCAGACACAGGCUUCAUGUCCGGGGUGGUCCAGUCCUUCCUCCACACCGUCCAGCCCAACCCCUUCCCCAAAGAUUUGCUGGUGAAAUUAUUGGAGGAAAAUGGCAAUAUAUACAAUGAUGACAAGACCAUUAAAGAGGUCCUUCUCUAUGAAGUUGGUUUCCUAGUGUGUGCUGCUAUAGGGAUCGUGUACAUUAUCCUGAUGCCCCUGGUGGGGUUCUGCCUGGCCUGCUGUCGCUGCUGUGGACACUGUGGAGGACACAUGUACCAGAAGCAGACUAAAGCUGUCCACUGUCACAGGAGAGGAUUCUUCUGGGCUACGUUACUCACCACGCUAGUCAUACUUUCAGGGAACAUCUGCAUGUUCUUCAGCAACCAGUUUCUGAAAGGGAGUGUCGAGGACAGCUCUGUAGAACUCAACAAUACACUUGACAACCUCCAAACCUACCUCACUGCUGUCCCACAGCAAAUUGAUAGUGUGCUGAUAGGGAGCAAUGAGACAGUGGAUGAAGUCACCAGAAGCCUCAAUAAUAUAGGUAAUCUGCUGGGCAAGGAGAUCCAGAGAAGGCUAGAGGGCCCCCUAAAACCUUCCCUGCAGUCUGUCAGAGAUAUAGCCAAUGUGGUGAACAGUACCAGUGUCCUGCUGGUGAGGUUAGACUCUACUCUAACCCAGGUCCGGUCUGAUGUAUCUGUGGUCCAGGCUAAUAUUAGCUCUGUCAGAGACCGCAUCAACAGCACACUUAGAAACCCUAACUGUACUGCAUGCUCGGCCUAUCAGUCAGAGCUACAGAAACUAACAUUUGCCACCACUAUCGCUGUCCCCAGUCUGAGUGAGCUGCAGUCGGCCGUUAAUAACGUCACCGAGGCUGAUCUAAACUCUAAAGUGAAAGCGGGAGAAGACUUCUUUGCCAGUAUUCCCCAAAAAGUGACCAACGACACCAAGGACGUGGUACAGAAUGUGAAGCAGCAGCUUGAAGACAUCAAGAGACAAAUCUCUGAGGUGAAGGGAAACAUCCCUGUCUCUGCCCUCAGAAACAUCUCAGACACACUGGGAGAGGCUCAGAGAUACAUCGGCAUGUACUCACAACAGUCAGAGAGGGUAGAGAUGAUCAGGUGGGGUGUGUGUAUUAUCCUGAGCUGUUCAGUUCUCCUGGUUGUAGUGUGUAACCUCCUGGGUCUGUUUUUGGGCCCGGUUGGACUAAGCCCAAAGGACGAGCCAACAGAACGAUCCAGCACCGCAGACUGUGGAGGAACCUUCCUCAUGGCGGGUGCAGGGCUAAGUUUCCUGUUUUCCUGGCUCUUCAUGCUGGUGGUGUUAGUACUGUUUAUACUGGGAGGAAAUGUCUACACACUCAUCUGCCAGCCCUGGCGCAGUGGACAGCUCCUACAGUUUGCUGACACUCCAGGCCUGAUACAUGGCUUCAAUUUAGGAAAGACACUGGGCCUGAAGAGCAACCUGACACUCACUGAAGUAUACAAUGAUUGUGAAAAGAACAGGCCUCUAUGGACAACACUCCAUCUGUAUGAUCUCAUAGACCUCAAUGCUUUGCUCAACGUGUCCAAAUACACAGAAGAGAUUCAGCAGCACUUUAACAGGAAUGAGAUCAAACUGUCGACCGUCACCCUGCUCACCCGCGACAUACGCAAUCAGCUACACAGCUUCUCUGACAAGGCCCAUGAUGUCGACUUCAGCUCUGUCACACAGCAGAUCAACAAUAUUUCCAGCAUUGAUCUGAAUGAAACAGCAGACAGGCUAGACCAACUGGCUGCUGCUCAAACUGGUGUUAAAUUAGAGCUGACACGGGAGGCUACAGACCUGAGAGAGAUCCAGUUCUACAUUAACACUGCCAUCAUCCCACAACUGACUCAUUUGAACUCCACCAUAGACGCCCUCGGUGUCAUAGCGUCACAUAUCGAUCGCACAGUCGGAGAUGUGUUGAGGGAAGUGGGAACAGCUCAAGACUUCCUCAACACUAACACUUCACAGAUUGUCAAGGCCGAGAGUAGGGGGUUCCUAGACUGUCAGAUGGGGUACUUCACGGCGUAUGCUGACUGGGCUAAUUUCACGAUCACUCAGCAGGUUGGUCUCUGUGGCCCAGUGGCUGAAGCUAUGGACUCAGCUGAGGUUAUAGUCUGCUCAAACAUGGUGCAAUCUCUGAAUGCAUUCUGGUUCAGCCUGGGCUGGUGUACGAUCUUCCUGGUCCCCAGCAUCGUCUUCUCCAUCAAACUGGCCAAGUUCUACAGGAGGAUGAAGCACAGUGAUAACUACGACAACCACAUAGCCAUGAGCAUCAUCCCCCGAGCCCAAGUCCAACCCUACUGAGCUGAGGGAAAGAGGACUGGCCAGGACUGUUACUGCUCUCAGGGACUAUAACCAUGACUGUCACAACUCCCUGACAAGAGGAUCAUGGAACAUUUCAAACAGAACUCUGUCGCCUAAAUAAGAACUUUGUUCUUAACGGACUUGCCUAGUUAAAUAAAGGUUAAAUAAAUCAAAUUAAAAUAAACCUUCAUUGAAAUCAAAUGAUUGUCACUACCAGGACUCUGGCACCCCUACCUAAAACUACUACAUGGAACAUUCUGAACAGGACUAAAGCCAGUCGCAUGGUGUAUUUCAAUAAGGAAGUGCUACUCUCCCUCAGUGAUGGACUGAAACGCAGGAGCGAUCUCGCACUCACUCGAUGGACAGAACUGUUUUCUGUAGACGGCAUAUGCGCCACACAUGCACCUCAUGUUUCCAUGCUGUGUGUCAGGAAUUAAAGGCCACAUUCUCAAUGUCUGCAGUACACACACACACACACACACACAGAGAGUUCCUCUCAGGAGUGUUGCAGGAUAAAAAUGCAAUCUACCUAACCUCAACAUUUCCCAUGUGGUUCAUGAUAUCUAAUGGAUUGACUGUAUGUAUAUUGUAUGUUUUCAACCAAUAUUUUGGUUUGAAUGUACCAUAAAGAACAUCACUGGCAUUUUUUUUUAUAUUUGAAAGGAUUUUGUUAUGGGAAAUGGGACAAACCCUGCUAGUACCACCCUGAAUAAUGAUAUAUUUGAUAUAAUGAUAAAGUAUAUAUGAAAUCAAAUAGGGUAGGUAUUCAAUAUAAUGUUUAUGAUCAUUUCAUUGUGAGUUGGUUUUUUGUCUUAAUUUUUAACAAUUAAUUAUACUGACUGAAAUAUGUGAUUCCGCUAUGAUAACAUGGUGUGCCAAAUAAUGAGUAGGAUGUUUGUAUGUUACAAAGCACUUUAUUAGGUCUGUUUUCUAUAUAUAUAUUUUAGCAUUGUGCAAAUUACUUUAAUUAAAGAUUUGCUACUGAUAGA